UGGGGCCAGAGCGCACUACAGCUCCCAGCGUGCCCUGCGGCCGCCCUUCCGCCAGCUGCCCGCCGGGUUCUACGCACGUGGCGCGGGGCGCUGGGGCCGCAGCAUGUUCCUGCAGUUCUACCUCAACGCGCAGGGCGAGCGGGUUUACACCCUCAAGAAAGUGGACCCCACGGGCCAGCCGACCUGCUCCGCCCACCCCGCCCGCUUCUCCCCGGAUGACAAGUACUCCCGCCACCGCAUCACCAUCAAGAAGCGCUUCGGGGUCCUGAUGACGCAGCAGCCGCAGGCCGUCCUCUGAGCCGUCCGCCGGCACCACCGCUGAGCCGAGAUGGGGCCAGGCUCCUCCCCGAAGCCGGCCCCCCGCUGCCGCCGGGACCCUCGCCUGUGUCUAGCCUCCGACUCCACAACCCUGCUCCUCUUGGCAGCAAAUAAAUUGUCUUGAUCCCACA